UGCAGUUCUUCUUUUUUGUGUCCGUUUCCGGAAAAGCUCGACAGUCAGAGGAACCCACAGCUUACAUGAACACGAACGCUCAGUGGAAAUGAGUCUUUUAACUGUCUUUCUACUUCUACAAGGUCUUCUGGUGGUGCCCGUUACGUCGAUCAGUGAAGCUGUUGGGUAUGUUGGUGAAGAUAUUACCCUGCCCUUUGGAGCCAACGCAUCUUUAAGUCUGUCAGUUAUUGAGUGGUCAAUAUUGUCCAAUAACACCUUGAUUGCCACCUAUCGCAAUGGGGCUAUAAAAUUGGACCGUUUCCAUCUCUAUAAAGGAAGACUUACUCUCAACGCACAAACAGGUGACUUGACCAUCCUUAAUCUGAGCCAGAAAGAUGCCAUGGAAUACACAGUACGAGCAGAACACGCAAGCACAGAAAUUCAGAAAAAAAUUAGGCUAGCAGUGAAACAACGCCUUCAAGCACCAACCAUUAGGGUGAACUACACCACAGCAACAGAAACCGGCUGCUUCUUGUUGCUCACUUGUUCUUCUCCAGAUGAUGGGGUUGGCUUCUUCUGGAAAGUUCAACCUCACUGUUGGCAUAGUUGGAAUAAUACUGAAGGUGACCCUUCACAGCUUGUGGCAUAUUGCAACACACAAGAGUCUGUCGAAUUCACCUGCACCUCCAAAAGGCAAAAGGAAACAAUGGAAGCAAUAUCAACAGAGUUCAAAAUAAAGUGCGACGUUCCAAAUGAAAAGUGUUUGGUCAGAGAUAGAUGGGGUCUUUUUUUCGUCAUCCUUAUUCUAAAUGUCCUCGUGGUGGUUUUGUGCUUCUUAAAAUCAGGUUGCAGGACGGAAGCCUCCACAGCCUAGCCACCCACCAUAGGGCUAUCGUCAGUGGUGGCUAGUGAUGGGAACUCCAGCUCUUUAAGGAGAACCGGUUCUUACGCCUUGGCUCACUAAAAUGAAACGGACUCUUUCAGCUCUCAAAAGGCUCCUCACAUUUUUUGUUUCUUAACUUAAUUUAUCAGCAGAAAUUACAUAGAACAGUGUGUAAACUGAAUUACUAUACAUUAUAGCAAAUGUUUAUUAUUUAAAUAAUUUAUUUAAUUCAACAUGAAGCAGAGUGCUAUAAAUCACAUUUUAAAUGACAAAAAAAAACUAAACAAAAAUAUUGAUUGGCUUUUAACUAUUAGAGCCUGUUGGUUAUAUUUUCCUUUUGCAUAUUGUCACUGUAGUAAAACUGUGUCCUGCUGUCA